AUGAACCAGAAAGAAGACGAUGCGCCAGUGCAAACACCGUACGAUGAUAGACUUGAUAUUGCGCAUGAAUCUUGCAUCGUUUGUGCAUUAUUACAUCGUUUUACGGUUUUACUCUUUGAUAGGCAAGUAGACUAUGAAGAUAUCAAGCCCGUUGAUGGACCUUUGUAUUCUCCAUCUAAGGAAUCUUACCAUCCUAUACGAGAUGCUUGCUGGGCCUUAAAGCAAAGAGUCCCAUACAUUGCUAUAUCUCGAACAUUCGAUGAAAUCGAAGCUACUUCAGCACGAUUAAAAAUUAUUUCAACGCUGCGAAAUUUUUUCCGAUCUGUAAUCAUUUUAACGCCAGAAGAUUUAACGUUCUGUGUUUAUAUGUGCCUGAAUAAGGUUGGUCCAGCUUAUGAGGGAUUAGAAUUAGGUAUCGGCGAAACAAUACUAAUGAAAGCGAUUGCACAAGCAACAGGCCGAAGCUUAGCCUCAAUUAAGGCAGAUGUUACAGAACGUGGUGACGUUGGGAUUGUAGCGGAGACUAGUCGUAGCAAUCAACGAACAAUGUUUACUCCAGCUAAACUUACAGUGCGCAGCGUAUUUUCAAAGCUUAAAGACAUUGCAAAAAUGACUGGAACAGCAUCAAUGAACAGAAAGUCGGAUAAAAUCAAGGAGAUGUUUGUAGCUUGCAGACACUCGGAAGCGAGAUUUCUAAUGAGAUCUUUAGGUGGAAAAUUAAGAAUUGGCCUAGCUGAGCAAUCAGUUCUAGUUGCAUUGGCACAUGCCACUAUCUAUACACCAUCAAAUCAAGUAUAUCCACCGCAUAUAAUAGAUGCUAGCAAAGGUAAGGCAGUUGAUGCUUUCAAGAAAGAAUUAGACAAUGGGGCUUUGUUACUAAAGGAUGCACACUGCCAGUGUCCAAAUUACGAUCUUGUCAUACCGGCCCUUUUAAAAUAUGGUAUUCACGAAUUAUCGGAACAUUGCAAAUUGUCCCCAGGUGUUCCUUUGAAGCCUAUGCUUGCUCAUCCAACUAAAGGAAUACAUGAAGUAUUGAAACGCCUAGAAGAUAAAAGUUUUGCUUGUGAAUAUAAAUAUGAUGGGGAAAGGGCUCAGAUUCAUUUAUUAGAUAAUGGAGAAGUGCAAAUUUAUAGUCGCAAUUGUGAGAACAAUACCACAAAGUAUCCAGAUAUAAUCAUGCGUAUGCCAGAGGUAAAAUUGGAUCACAUCAACUCCUUCAUUAUUGAUACGGAAGCUGUCGCUUGGGAUAAAGAAAAACAGCAGAUUUUACCUUUUCAGAUCUUAAGCACCAGGAAACGUAAGGACGUUGAUGCUAAUGAAAUCAAAGUCCAAGUUUGUGUUUAUGCAUUUGAUAUGUUGUACUGCAAUGGCAAGUCUUUGGUUAAAGAAACUUUCGAGAAACGAAGAUCGGUGUUGAGGUCAUCCUUUAAAGAAGUAGAGGGGGAAUUUGUGUUUGCAAAGUCAAGGAUCUCUGCAGACACAGAAGAAAUUGGCGAAUUUCUUGAUGAAUCUAUUAAAGGUAAUUGUGAAGGACUGAUGGUUAAAACUUUACAAAUCGAAGCUACUUAUGAAAUUGCCAAACGAUCUCAUAGCUGGUUGAAGCUGAAAAAGGACUAUUUGGAAGGUGUUGGUGAUACUUUGGAUCUAGUCGUCAUUGGAGGUUAUCUUGGUAAGGGGAAGAGAACAGGAACAUAUGGUGGUUUUUUGUUGGCAUGUUAUAACGAUGAAGACGAAGAGUUUCAGUCAAUAUGUAAGAUUGGAACAGGAUUUAAAGAUGUUGAAUUAGAACAGCACACAAACUUUCUCAAGCAGCAAACUAUUGAAAAACCGAAAUCUUACUAUCGCUAUGAUAGUAGUGUCCAACCGGAUCAUUGGUUUGAAGCUGUACAAGUAUGGGAAGUUAAAGUAGCUGAUCUAUCGAUAUCACCAGUUCAUAAGGCUGCCGCUGGAAUAGUUGAUCCAGAGAAGGGAAUAUCUUUGCGAUUUCCUCGAUUUCUACGUAUUCGUGAUGACAAAAAACCGGAAGAAGCUACAACAGCUUCUCAGGUUGCGGUUUUGUAUAGAAGUCAACAAAAUAUAGUUAGUGCUUCGGCUGGUAAUGAAGAUUUCGAAGAUUAUUACUGA